AUGCAGAAUCAAAGUUUCAUAACUGAGUUUGUCUUUCUGGGACUUUCACAGAAUCCUACUGUCCAGAAAAUAAUAUUCAUUGUGUUUUUGUUGGUCUACAUUGCAACUAUUGGGGGCAACAUGGUGAUUGUAGUGACCAUCCUCAUGAACUGGAGGCUCUGUGGCAUUUUGGUGGGUGUGGCCUGGACAGGGGGCUUCUUGCAUUCUAUUAUACAGAUUCUCUUUACUUUCCAGCUGCCCUUUUGUGGGCCUAAUGUCAUCGAUCAUUUCUUAUGUGACUUGUACCCAUUACUGGAGCUGGCCUGCACUGACACUCACAUCUUUGGACUUUUUGUGGUUGCUAACAGUGGGUUUAUCUGUAUUAUAAUAUUCACCAUGUUGCUUGUCUCCUAUGGUGUUAUCUUGUUCUCCCUGAGAACACACAAUGCUGAAGGGCGAAGGAAGGCUCUGUCCACCUGUGGAUCUCACAUUGCUGUUGUAGUUUUGUUCUUUGUCCCAUGCAUAUUUACAUAUGCAAGACCUCCUUCUGCCUUCUCCUUUGACAAAAUGGUGGCCAUAUUUUACACCAUGCUAAGCCCCUUGCUCAAUCCUUUGAUUUAUACUUUUAGAAAUAUGGAAAUGAAAAAUGCCAUGAGGAAAGUAUGGAAGAGAUUGGUGGUGGUUUCUGAUGAAAAAUAA